AUGUUUAUUCGAAACCUUUUCAUUCCCAACAAAAGGAUAAUCUCAUGCCUCACUAGAAGGAUCUAUAGUAGGAGAUACGUAUAUUUGCACAAGGGAUCAAGGGUUCCAGGACUCAAGAAAGAUCCCGACGAGGUGUUUGUUGAAAACAACGGCAUUAAAUAUAGCGGUUCAGAGGAUAACAUAAGAUACAUAAAGGAUUUUUUACAAGAUAAAUUUGCUAUCUCAGAUGAACUAGCAUUACAAGUAAUCACACAUAAAUCAUUUGGAAAUGGAGCAAAACCAUAUAAUGAGAAGUUAAGUGCGAUGGGAUCGAAGCUCAUGAACUUGUACUUUGCCAAAUAUGUUACCAGUAAGAGCACAAGCAAUGAACUAGCAAUUAAUGGUAAAAAUCUCGACAGUUUGGGAUCUCCAGCCGCUCGGGAACUCGGUGGCCGCUUAGCAUUGGCGAUGUUCGCCAGGAACAACAACGUUAAUCGUAUAAUGUUUUGGAAGUCAUAUAAUUAUGGUUUGAGCUUCGAGGCUAGCGGUGAGAUGAAAGUAAGUGCCCAGAUGAUGUAUGCUUUGGUCGGCGCUGUUACUUUUGUGCAUGGUAAAGAAACUGCCGAAGCUUUUAUAAAAGAAAAAUUACUCGAUGCCAAGCCCUCUAUUGAAGAUAUAACCGCAAAUAUUGUCGAAAAAACUGAUGAUAUAGAUGUCAUAUAG